CCUGGACCUGAGAGGCUCGUAUAUAAGGAAGUGAAUCCCCUUCACAACAGCAGAGUGUUUGCUGCUGCCUGAGAACAGUCGCUUAGACAGAGAAAACAUGAAAAUCUUUGUGGCAUUAGCGUGCUUACUGGCAGGCUGCCUGGCCCAGAGGCCUCACCCGUGCGAAAGUCCUCCUCUGCUCAGCGGGGCGCUCACUGCGUCCACGCAGAAUGAAAAGCUGUGGGUCUAUGCCAAAUACCUGUACGAUGCACUGGGACAACGGAUGAGGCUCUUUGAGUUCGGCAACCUGGAUAAUCAGACUUUCACCUACGAUUUUCUUCUGCUCUACAAAGAGCAUGUCAUGUAUGAGAUCAACCACCACAAUCGUACCUGCAAGAAAAUCCCUCUGAAGGUGGACUUUCAGCCUCUGGGCAUUUCAAAAGACGCCUCUCUGCUGGGCCAGGUGAUCGUCGGCAGCUCGUCUGGACCCGGACAAGGACUCCUGGUCAACACCUGGAUAGGAGAUCUGCCCAACAAAGAAGGAAAGUACAUGAGCACAGUGACUGAAUUUGGAUGCAUUCCUGUUUCUGUUGCAUUUCAAACAAAA